AUGCUGCCGCCGACCGCCACCCUGUCGACCACGGGCAGUGGCCUGUUCACCAGCUCUGCCGCCCAGCUCGCGCACUCCUCUCUUGGGGAGGGACCCUCCGCUGCUGCUCAGAACCACCUGCUCCGCGCCCUGGUUCCCCCUGCGCCAGGGGCGCUUCUAACCAGCAUGGGGUGGAGCAGCAGCGCCCACUCCCCUCUCUCUCCCACCCCUGCUCCCGUUCCCACUGCUGCUACGGACCCUGCUGCGGCUCCUAUGCCAGGGCCUAUCCUGCGCCCCAGGCACGGGUGGAGCAGUAGCCUCUAUUCCACGGGCACGCAAGCGCGAGCGUCCCUAGGGAUCUCCGCCAGCUCUGCUGCUGCUGCUGCUGCCCCUGGAGAGGCAUACGCAGCUGGAUCAGCUGAGCCGAGAUGGGGGGCUGGGAGCCUGAUUGUUCCAGUUGGGCCAUCUUGGGCAGCGGCUGAGGCGGCCGGGGUGGCUGAUGCGGCUGGGGCGGCUGAGGCGGCUGAUGCGGCUGGGGUUGCUGGGGUUGUCCGGGCUGCUGCGGCUGCUGAAGCCUUGGGCGAAGAUGACGCGUCAUCCGGGGAACUGGCGCCUGAAUGGGGGAUGAGUAGGACGAAGGGGGGGAGCCGUGUCAUGAGUGGAAGGAGCUGGAGGGGUGCGUGGGGUGGAAGGAGUGGGUGGAGUGGGAAAGUUGGGGCCAAGUCAGCACGGCGUGAGCUCCCUGACCUGAACGACCCUGCUGAGGAGACGGAUGCAGAUAGAGGGGUUGCGGAGGGAGGGGUUGGGGAGAGAGGGGUUGGAGAAAGAGGGGCUGGGGACAGAGGGCCUAGGAGAAGCUGGGUUGUGGAAAGAGGGGUUGGGGAGGGGGGGCUGGACCUGAAUGCGCCUGCUUUCGUUGGAGAGAGAGCAAGGAGUCAGCUUGACGUUGAUUCCCGAGCCUGGGGAACAGAUUCCCAGGCGUACGCUCGAGGCGGGAGUGACCCACUGAGUGCCUCCCUAUUCCCCCAGGUGCGCUCCCGCUCAUGGGCCGCGUUCCCUACUGCUGCUGGUACUGCUCAUCCUGCUGCUGCUGCUGUCGGUGCUGUUAGUGCGGCUGCUGCGACUGCGGCUGCGACAGCUGCUGCGGCUUCUUCCGCGGCUUCCACUGCUGCUGCUGCUGCUGCCUCUGCUGCAGAUGGGGCUCGUUUCGACAGCAGGAAGCGAUCCAAGACGUGGGGUGGGCGAGGCUACGACUCGUUCCUUCCCUCGCCUCACACCCCGCCGUACUCCCUGAACGUAUUCGACCCCCUGGCUGAAAACUUGGCAUCUGCUGCUGCUGACGUGGCACUGCCAGCUCAGCAAGGCACAAGCGUCUCCACAGAGUGUAAUCCGGAGCAUGGCAUGGGAAGGAGGUGGAAUUUCCCCAUGCCUGUCAGUGGUGACGAACUUGCUGCUCAAAUUGCAGCUCUUGCUGCUGCCGAUGCCAAUGCUGAUGCCGCAGCAGGGAUCUCUGCAGGCAUUGCUGCAGGUUUUUCCAUGACCAGGAUGCGAAGCGUUGGGAGCUUGCUUGACAAGCUUCCAGAGCAGCACGAAUACCCACAGCCAGGGGAUGUCAGCCCACUCGCUCAAAAAGUGGCAGAAUUGCUUGGAGACAGACCGUUUUACGUGAGCGGGCCUGAUGACGACAGAGGCGCUUAA